AUUUUAUUGAUAAAUAAAUAAAUCUGCUGGUUCAAGGUGGUCGGUGAACUAUUUUGAUGUAACACAAGGUCGGGGUGCACGCUAAAGGGGAACAUGGCGGCUGGUGUUAGUGUGAAACAUGGAUUAUUAUGCAGCAAAGCCCGGCUGGUUUAUGGUCUUCAGAGGAAAAUAUCACCUUAUAGUGUUUGUAUCCAGCGAGCAGCCGAAAUACAGAGUGUGAGGGCAUCAACCAGCACGACGGGAGACUCACAACACACUCAAAAGUACUGCCUGGAUCUGGUUAGGUCCAGAGACUAUGAUGGUUUCCUGUCCUCUCUCCUCCUCCCAGAGAAGGCACGGCGCUCUUCUCUGGCUCUGAGGGCCUUCAAUGUGGAGCUGGCACAGGUGAAGGACUCUGUUUCCCAAAAGACCAUUGGUUUGAUGCGAAUGCAGUUUUGGAAGACGGCUAUAGAAGAAAUCUACAGAGAUGAGCCUCCGAACCAACCAGUUAGCACUGAGCUGUGGAGGGCAGUGAGGACACACAAACUGACAAAGAGAUGGCUGCUGAGGAUCAUAACAGAGAGAGAAAAGGACUUGGAUGACAGAGCCUACAGGAACCUUCAGGAGCUGGAGGCGUAUUCAGAGAACACACAGUCAUCCUUGAUUUACCUCCUGCUGGAGUGUUUAGGUGUCAAAAAUGUCCAAGCGGACCACGCAGCGAGUCACAUCGGUAAAGCUCAGGGAAUCAUAACAUGUCUGAGAGCGACUCCUUAUCACAGCAGCCGACGGAAAGUCUACCUGCCCAUGGACAUCUGCAUGUUGCACGGAGCUUCUCAGGAGGAUUUCAUCCGGGGCAGCCGGGAGCAGAACAUUCGGGAUGUUGUGUAUGACAUCGCCAGUCAGGCUCACGUGCACCUGCAACAUGCACAAUCCUUUAGCCACAAUGUUCCAGCAGCUGCCACUCCAGCCUUCCUCCCCACUGUGGUGUUGGAGGACUAUCUUCACAGAGUGAGGAGGGUGGAUUUUGAUGUUUUCCACAAGAGUCUACAGAACAGAAAUCCCCUUCUCCCAAUCCAGCUGUACAUCCGCUCCUGGAAGAAGACUUAUUGACUUCAUUUCUCUUCUUCCUUCAGCCUUUUUAAGGACUGCUGCAGGAAAUGAAGUGCAGGGGAUUUAUCUCACCACUACCACCAAAAAACCACAAACCAUACCAGACCAAGUCUGUGGUUCCCACAACAGCUUAUAUCUUUGAAAUAUUUGUUUAAUCCACAAGUUCACUGGAGGUGUCCUGCCAUCCUGAUCAGAAAAUGCUUGUGUAAUGUUUUAUUCACAAUGUAUGAAAACUUUGAUCAGAUGUCUUCUCGUGGCUUACAGAAAAAUCUAAUUGCAAAUUGGGUCAGUUGUUGUUGUUGUUGUUGUUGUUGUUGUUGUUUUUUCACUCGUCGUUUCUGUAAUAAACACAAACUUACAAGUUGAGACCUGUGGGAUGUUAGAAGUUACCUUUGCCGAGCUGGACUUGUACGUUGUUUGUAUUAACUCUCUUCCUACAGUAAAGUCUAUUUUUAGUAACACAUACAAUUUUUACAUCUAUGUAGCUUUUUAGUGUUAUGUCAAGUUGUCUAUUUGAUGAAUACGACGCUGCUACUGUGCUGUUGUUGUGGACAUGUUCACUGAAACAUGAAACGCUGAGGUAUGACUUCAAGCUUUAGCUUCUGAGAUCUGAGAAAAUAGUGGGUGAUAAAACCGGAGCAGUCAGGUGGGUUGGAAACAAACCUCUAGGUGAAUAUUUAAUAAAAACACUUUGAGAGUACCUGCAGACAGUUUUUUUUCAAACAUUAGUGACCAACAUUAUGCCUCCCCAGGAACACAAUACAUGUAGCAGACAUGUUAAUUCUGUUGUGAGCUGUGCUACCGAUAUGGUUUCUACUGUAUGUGGAAUUGACAGGAGCCUGAGGGACAGACCUCGGGACAGUUACAUUAAAAAAAUAAAUAAAAAGAAACUA